GCGGCGGAGGGGCAGCUCCGAGAGCGAGCGUGCCCGCCGGGCCGAGGCGGCGCGGCAGAGGGGGUCAGCGCAGCCGGGGCGGGGGUCGGGAGCCCGAGGCCCCUCGCACCGCCCAGCCGGUCGCCCCGUCUCCCGGACGCGAGUCGCAACGCAGGCUGUGCUCUGGAAAUCGGUGCGGGGAGCCAGAGCCACUUCGGGAAUGCGACCAUAGUCAGCGCCCUGAGGGCAGCCCCAGGAGAUCAGACUGGUGCUGUCUCUCUCUGGUGUCUGGAGAGUUCUUCAGGAAGGAAAUCUACUGAGGAUGGUUUCAAGAUGUAGAAUCCUUAUACGUGAGGUAUCCAAAUGAAGUUGAAGAAUCACUAUUGAAAGUGCUUUCUGUUGUGAGAGAAACAUUCCAGAGAACUUCUUGGGGCAUUCCAACUGAGUAUUGCAGCUUUUUCUGACUUGUCCUGAGCUUCUGAAUUUUGUUGCUGCUUGAUGUUGGCCUCUGGACUGGACUGCUGGUAUCCUGACAACUGAGUUUGGUAAUCCCCUAAAGACUCAUCAACCCUAAUCAGCAGGAAGUAGAUAGAAGAAGUCUACACACUAUACAUUUAACACUAAUUAUCAGACGGGUGCUGUCUCUCUCUGGCGUCUGGAGAGUUCUUCAGGAAGCUGAGCACUCUCAGUGUGUCCUGAGGCCUAGCUGUACCUGUGGGAGGAAAGUACGCAGGCGCAAACGGGGCAAAUGUAUUGAAGAGUGACACAGAAAAAUAGCAUCAUGAGUUCUGGAGGCUUCUGUGGAUUUUUAAUUGCAUGAGCACAGUAUGAUAAUUAAAAACAAGAGGUCCUAAGAGGAAGAGCCUAGGUGGCCACCAGCAGUAUGAGGAGCCCAGUAGGAAUUGAUGAAGUGAAAGAAGAAAAAUGCAGUUUUCAAGGCAUGUUUCAAGCGGUUGGCUUAUGGGACUUUGAGAGAUUCUGCCUCCUGUGAUGUGCUGGAAUUAUCAUGAUCAACUACUCAGUUUGGAUUUCACCCAGUGGCCAUGAGCUUUGUCUGUUAGACAGCAAGGGUUGGAUUUUUAAAAAAGAGCAAAGCAGGUAAAUGAAGAAAAUCGUAUCUGCGACCUGGGCAUGGUUCAAUGGAUAAGAGAGAUUGCAGUGAGAACAAGAAGACCUGUGUUCAAAUUGCCAGCACCCACGACAUUACCAUCACUAUUCCUUCUACUCAGUUCUUUAAAAGACAGUCAACAUACAGGCCCAUAACCAAGGUGUAGAUUAAGAAGUGGAGUCAUGCUUCACACGGCCAUACCAUGCUGGCAGCCAUUCCUGGGUCUGGCUGUGGUGUUACUCUUCCUGGGAUCCUCUGUUGGCUGCCCUGCUCGCUGUGAGUGCUCUGCCCAGAACAAAUCUGUUAGCUGCCACAGAAGACGCUUGAUUGCCAUCCCGGAAGGCAUUCCCAUUGAGACCAAAAUCUUGGACCUCAGCAAAAAUCGAUUAAAAAGCGUAAACCCUGAAGAAUUCAUAUCCUAUCCCCUGUUGGAGGAGAUAGACUUGAGUGACAACAUCAUCGCCAAUGUGGAGCCUGGAGCAUUUAACAACCUCUUUAACCUGCGCUCCCUCCGCCUGAAAGGCAAUCGCCUGAAGUUGGUCCCUUUGGGGGUAUUCACAGGACUGUCCAACCUCACCAAGCUUGACAUCAGUGAGAAUAAGAUUGUCAUUUUGCUGGACUACAUGUUCCAAGAUCUCCAUAACCUGAAGUCUCUAGAAGUGGGGGACAAUGAUCUGGUUUAUAUAUCACACAGGGCCUUCAGCGGACUGCUUAGCUUGGAACAGCUCACCUUGGAGAAGUGCAACUUGACAGCGGUACCAACAGAAGCCCUUUCCCACCUCCACAGCCUCAUCACCCUGCAUCUGAAGCAUCUUAAUAUCAACAGUAUGCCUGUGUAUGCCUUUAAAAGGUUGUUCCACCUGAAACACCUCGAGAUCGACUAUUGGCCUUUGCUGGACAUGAUGCCGGCCAACAGCCUCUACGGCCUCAACCUCACGUCCCUUUCCAUUACUAACACCAACCUGUCCACUGUCCCUUUCCUCGCCUUCAAACACCUCGUGUACCUGACCCACCUUAAUCUCUCCUACAAUCCCAUCAGCACUAUUGAAGCAGGCAUGUUCUCUGACCUGAUCCGCCUACAGGAGCUUCAUAUAGUCGGGGCCCAGCUCCGCACCAUUGAACCUCACUCUUUCCAAGGGCUCCGCUUCCUCCGUGUGCUCAACGUAUCUCAGAACCUGCUGGAAACAUUGGAAGAGAAUGUCUUCUCCUCCCCGAGGGCUCUGGAGGUCCUGAGCAUUAACAACAACCCACUAGCCUGCGACUGCCGACUCCUCUGGCUCCUGCAGCGACAGGCCACCCUGCAGUUUGGGGGCCAGCAGCCGAUGUGUGCCGGGCCAGACACCAUCCGUGAAAGGUCCUUUAAGGAUUUCCAUAGCACUGCGCUUUCUUUUUAUUUUACCUGCAAAAAACCCAAAAUCCGUGAAAAGAAGUUGCAGCAUCUUCUAGUGGAUGAAGGACAGACGGUCCAGCUCGAGUGCAAUGCCGAUGGAGACCCACAGCCAGUGAUUUCCUGGGUGACACCCCGAAGGCGUUUUGUCACCACCAAGUCCAACGGAAGGGCCACUGUGCUGGGUGACGGCACCUUGGAAAUCCGUUUUGCCCAGGAUCAAGACAGUGGCAUGUAUGUUUGCAUCGCCAGCAAUGCUGCCGGAAAUGACACCUUCACAGCAUCUCUCACUGUGAAGGGAUUCACUUCAGACCGAUUCCUUUACGCAAACAGGACCCCUAUGUACAUGACCGACUCCAAUGACACUGUUUCCAACGGCACCAAUGCCAAUACCUUUUCCCUGGACCUUAAAACCAUACUGGUAUCUACAGCCAUGGGCUGUUUCACAUUCCUGGGAGUGGUUUUAUUUUGUUUUCUCCUUCUUUUUGUGUGGAGCCGAGGAAAAGGCAAGCACAAAAACAGCAUUGACCUUGAGUAUGUGCCCCGAAAAAAUAAUGGUGCUGUUGUGGAAGGGGAGGUGGCCGGACCCCGGAGGUUCAACAUGAAAAUGAUAUAAGGGCCCGCCACAUACCACUGUCUCUGUGUCACUGUUGGUCAUGAGUAAGACGUCUGGCGUAGUCAGUCAAUCCCAAGGUUAUCGGGCAGCUUCAUGCAGCUGCCCCUGUAUCAAAGCAGGGUCCAUGGAAGCAGGAAGACUUCUCGUGGAGACUGUCUGAUUAGAGACAGGCAGGCUUGUGUCAGAGCCCUUCACACGGUGGGAUUCUAAUUGUUUGCAUUGCAAAUAUUGGCAUUCUGGGGAUCUCAGUAAUGAACCUGAACCUUUGGCUCACACUGAUGGACAAUAAUUCAACAUUUUCUACCACUGCAAAAACAAAAGAAAAAAAUUAAAAAGAACAACCUACAGUGUAGGAUUUACAUAUUAAAGACACAUUUGUCUAAAACAUACUCUACAGUAAAAUUUGUAUUUAUUAUCAUUUGUUAAAACCUUGCAUCAUACAAUACUGUUGGUUCAGCACCAAAAA